AUUACGACUCCAUUACAGCAUCGCCUAUCGCUUCUGCUCAAAUCGACUCCCUCCCCUGGCUCGCAGCUGUAUGCCGUCGCCACCACUGUGAAGACACCGACCGGAGACCUUCGAUAGCUACAGCCACACCGUCGCACCCCACCACAGGGAAAUAGCUGUUUCUGUCAUUUCAAUCCACCAUGCCUACAGUUAGUGUUGGAAGGGACCUUCUUUUCGAAGCCUUAGGACGCACUUACACACAAGACGAGUUCGAAGAAUUAUGCUUCGACUUUGGAAUUGAGCUCGAUGAUGUGACAACUGAGAAAGCAAUUAUAAGAAAGGAGAAACACCUAAAAGAAGAUGAAGACAUUGGUGGUGAUGAAGAAAUAAUCUACAAAAUUGAUGUCCCUGCUAAUCGAUAUGAUUUGCUUUGUCUUGAGGGGCUUGUGCAGUCCCUUCGCAUUUUUCUUGGUCUUGAUUCAGUACCGAAUUACACUCUUGCUGAUAUCAGUCAGCAAUCUAUGCUUAAAAUGCAUGUAAAACCAGAGACAUCAUUGAUACGUCCGUAUGUUGUUUGUGCUGUUUUGAGAGGCAUAACUUUCAAUGAGGCAAGAUAUAACAGCUUCAUUGAUCUCCAAGAUAAGCUUCACCAAAAUAUAUGCAGGCGCAGAACCCUGGUUGCUAUUGGGACACAUGACUUGGACACAAUAGAAGGACCAUUCACAUAUGAGGCUUUGCCACCAUCAAAAAUCGAGUUCAAGCCAUUGAAACAGGUGGAAAGUUUCAGAGCUGAUAAACUGAUGGAAUUUUACAAGUCAGAUAUGAAACUGAAGAAGUACUUGCACAUAAUUGAAGACUCACCUGUGUACCCUGUUAUAUAUGAUAAAAACAGACGUGUGUUGUCUCUUCCCCCAAUAAUCAAUGGAGCCCACUCAGCUAUUUCUACAAAGACCAAGAACGUGUUCAUUGAAUGCACAGCCACUGAUUUGACAAAGGCCAAGAUUGUCUUGAACACAAUGGUGACAAUGUUUUCUGUAUACUGUGAACGAAAGUUUGAAGUGGAGCCAGUUGAAGUAAUAUAUUCUGAUGGAAAAUCCUACAUUUGCCCUGAACUAUCACCCUACGAUAUGGACGUCUCUCUAACAUACAUAAAUGGUAUCGCUGGGGUUACACUGGAAGCAAAUAAGGUUGCUGGGUUGUUGAACAAAAUGCAAUUACAUGCCAAGCAAUCAGUGAUAAAGAAUGAUGAAUGCAUUUUCACCGUGUCUGUUCCUCCAACCAGAAGUGAUGUGCUUCAUGCAUGUGAUGUGGCAGAGGAUGUGGCGAUUGCUUAUGGUUUCAAUGAAAUUCCAAAGAGGAAGCCUUCAUCCAUAAAGCCUUUGCCUCUGAAUCAGUUCAGUGAUCUUAUCAGAAUGGAGAUUGCACUGAGUGGUUAUUCGGAGGUGCUAACAUGGAUUCUAUGCUCAUACAAAGAAAAUUUUGCUAUGUUAAACCGUAAAGAUGACAAAUCAACCGCAGUUGUUAUUGGCAAUCCUCGCUCUGCAGAUUUUGAGGUUGCACGGAGCAGUCUUAUGGCUGGGAUAUUAAAAACAGUCGCACACAAUAAGGAUCAUCCAAAACCUAUCAAGAUAUUUGAAGUAGGCGAUGUAGCGGUGUUGGAUGAGUCAAAAGAUGUUGGGGCAAGAAACCAACGCCGACUGGCAGCUCUUUACUGUGGUGCUACUUCGGGUUUCGAGCUGAUACAUGGGCUUGUAGACAGAAUCAUGCAAGUAACCGGUACUCCAUUUGUAUCCCCUGGGGACAAUACCGGUUACCAUAUUGUUUGCUCAGAUGAGCCCGAGUUUCUGUCUGGAAGACAGGCUUCUAUAAUUUUCAAAGGCAAACCUAUUGGGACUUUUGGCAUUGUUCACCCACAGGUGCUGGACAACUUUGACAUACCAGAUCCAUGCUCAUUUGUGGAGCUCAACCUCCAAAGCCUGCUAUAAUUUAUAAUCUUUGUCAGCAUAGUGAAAAUUGAAUGUUUGUUUUUGUUUAAAUUCAUAAAUAUUUAUCUAUUUUUUCCCCCUGAAAUGAGAGAUGUGUAGCAUAUAAGAUUUUGUAAUUGUUUCCCUUAAAAAUUAUCUAUUACUGG